GUAGGAAAUUAAAAUUGUUGAAUUUAAAAAGAAGAUUUUUGUAACAGAAACAGAAUCUUGACUUUUAGCCGACCAUAAAACUUUCGAAGUAAAAUUGUUAAAUUUGUGUCGAAGUUUUAAGAUUUUGGUCUUUUGUGAAUUUUCUUCAACUAGCUGUUUGUUGGAGAUUGUGACAUCAUGGAGGGCAUUCUGAGCUCAGCUAUUGAUCCACAGGAGAUUAUGAAGUUUGAGAAGAAAUACAAGAAAGAAGAAGUGAUGGGACAAGUGUCUUCAACCACUGCGUUUGAAUACGCGUGGUGUCUUAUAAGAAGCCGGUAUUCAGAUGACUGGAAACAAGGCUUCUCUCUAUUAAAGAAACUUUACGAGAAAGAAAGAGAUGGGCAAGCCAAGAGAGAUUAUUUAUACUACAUGGCAGUUGCUAAAUAUCGCUUAAAGGAAUAUGAAGAAGCAUUAAAAUUCUGUGAUGCUAUUUUAAAAGUUGAGCCCAAGAACCACCAAGUCAAAGAAUUGAAAGAAAUAAUUAAUAGAAAAAUGAAAGGAGAAGGGUUACUGGGGAUGGCUAUGAUUGGGGGGGCGGGGCUCGUGGUUGGGUUGGGUGUGGCUGUUAUUGCUGCAGUUGCUGCUACAAGAAAAUAGUUUUUGUUCCAUUUUUCAAGAAUUUUUUAAGGAAAUUUGUCAGAAAUUUAAAAAACUUUUUACGCAAAGCUAUGACCUUUCAAUGUUACUGACUGUUAUAACCAUUGGAAAACAAAACCAAAAAAAUUAUGCGGGCGAAUGAAAAAUCUUUUCCAUAACUAACUUUGUGACUCCAUAGAAAAUGCAAUGAAUGUGUUGAUAUAAUUGUCACUGUCGUUAUAUAAAUGAUCCAGGGCUACUAUAUGUUAAAUAGGAUCUUAAUUAACCUUAUUGCAUCCCAAGGAUACUGUUAGUCUGUUACUAUAGUUUAUGUCUUUGUGUUUUAUUAAUUUACAUUUAUUUGAAUUGUCUUAAUAUUGCUACAUUGUAUAUUAUUGCUAUUAUAAUUGAAAAACUUCCACCACCACUCAAAAAAUAACUGUUUAUGUUUCUUCAUUAACAUUUUCUCCUAACGUUUUUUUCUCUCUCUUAACCCUUUUUCCUUUUUCUCUCACAGUGAACUGCGGAAUACCUAUUAAUGUAUAAUGUCAGUUUAAAAGAGUUUUUCUGUUUUAAUGCCUGACUCAGCAAUGUGAACCAAUAUAAGUAAUCUGUGUUAAAAUAGUAACAAGAAGCUGAUGUAAAAUAUUUGCCCCACCAUUUUCAAUCUUGUGCUUUCCAUCUUUUCAACUCACUCUUGGAAUCCUAUAUUUGUUUGUGGUCCUAGAUGUUUUUUGUGAUAUUUUAUAAUUGUACAUAACACACAUAUAUAUAACUUUUUCAUAAAGUAUGGUUAUUAAAUUUUGCAGCACCUAUAUACAUUACACAUCCAGUUUGAAUGCAAAGUGUUGAGUAAUGGGGUUAUUAUCAUGUUAUGUAAUUAUUAAGUACAACAGCCAUGCUGUUAAGAGGAUUAUGUUUGUAACAUGUUUUCUUGAUGUGCAAUACCUAAUCUUCUGCAUAUGUUUGCUAAUGCUGCUUCAUUAGCAUAAUGUAUUAUAAUGAGAAGUUAUGUUUAAG